ACCCACCCAGGGUAAGGGGCCCGGCCCUUGCCUCAGGCAGGCAGCAGCUCUGGCCGCUAGGGAGGAUCUGCCACUGGAAUGGUUAACCUGGCACCUCCAGCAGCCAAUCACAGAGCCCUGCAGGAAAUACCUGGGAGAGGUCCUCGAGCUGGGGCCCAGCAGGUCAAGCCCAGCCCCAGUCUGGACCUAGGCGGCCCCAGCAGCCCACGCCUGGCCCAGACGCACCAAGUCUCCACACAGUCCUGAGGGCUCUAGGCUGGAGGCAUGGCGAUAUUCCUGCACCGGCUCACACCAGGGCUCCUGUUGUCGGUGCUGGUGGUGACAGCCACAGUGGCUCAGCCUACCCAUCUGCUAAACCUGCUCACCUCGGGUCAGGGUGCUCUGGAUCGAGAGACACUGGUCAGCCUGUUAAAUACGCUGGCGGACCGUGUGCACUGCACCGAGGUGCCGUGUGGAAAGUGCCUGUCGGCGGAGGCUGUCUUGGCCCUGGGCAGGCCUGACAAGCCAGGGCUUGUCCCAAGGCCAGUUCUGGAGUCCAAAUACAUUGGCCACCUCAGUGCUGCGGCCGCCCUCUACCUUAGCAACCCUGAGGGUACAUGUGGGGAUGUCCAGGCUGGCCGCUUGGCUUCCCAAGUUGACCAUUUCCUGGCCCUGCUUGGGAGUCCUGACGCCAUGACCCUACGCCUGAACCAGCUGCUGCAGGAGCUGGAGACCCAGAGUUCCAUCCAGUCUACUGGGAAGAAGGCCUGUGUAGGUAUCCCUCAGCUGCUGGAGGAGGCUGAAGAAGCAGGAGCUCCUGCCAGUCCAGGCCCCGUCCUGGCUGCCCUGCUGGACCACAUCAGCAGUGGGUCUUGUUUCCGUACCCUUCCAAGCCCUCAGUACUUUGUGGACUUCGUGUUCCAGCAGCACAAUGGAGAGACUCACAAUAUCACACUAGCUGAGCUAGAGGUUUUGAUGCAGCGCCUAGGGGUGGGCAGAGAGGACCACAGUGACCAUGAUGACCAUGACCACGGUGGCCACCACAAUCUGGGCAGGGACACCAACUAUCUGCCUCUUGCCCCUCUCAACAGCAGCGCCAGUGAGUGGGAUAAGGUAUGCUUGAGUGCCAGGGAUGUGAUGGCUGUAUAUGGACUGUCUGAGAAGGAUGGGGUCACCCCUCAGGCCUGGGCUCAGAUGAGCCCUGCCCUGCUUCAACAGCAGCUGAGUGGAGCCUGCAACCCCCAGCCCAGGUCCCCCACCAAGGACCAGCUCAGCCAAGCGGAGAGGUAUCUGUAUGGGUCCCUUGCCACACUGGUCAUCUGCCUUUGUGCCGUGUUCGGCCUUCUGCUGUUGACAUGCACCCGCUGCAGCACAGCCACCCACUAUAUCAUGCAAACCUUCCUGGGCAUGGCCGUGGGGGCACUCACUGGAGACGCGCUUCUGCACCUGAUACCCAAGGUGCUGGGCUUGCACACCCACAGCGGGGAAGGUCACACACACGAGGAGGAGGAGGAGGCGAUGGGCCUUGGCCCACAGUCAACCUGGCGCCUUCUGGCUGUGCUCGGAGGCCUGUACCUCUUCUUCCUGUUUGAGAGCCUCUUCAACCUCCUGCUGCCCAGAGAACAGGACCCCGAGAAGAACGGGCCCUGCAGCCACGGGGGCCACAGCCACGGAGUGUCCCUGCAGCUGGCGCCCCGGGAGCUGCAGCCGCGCAAGCAGCCCCUGGCCGGCUCGCAAGCCGACCUGGUGGCCGAGGAGGGACCCGAGCCGCUGGACCCGGAGCCCGGGACACUGCGCCCAGAGCUGAGGCUGCUGCCCUACAUGAUCACUUUUGGGGACGCGGUGCACAACUUCGCCGACGGACUGGCCGUGGGUGCAGCCUUCGCGUCCUCCUGGAAGACCGGGCUGGCCACCUCCCUGGCCGUGUUCUGCCACGAGCUGCCCCACGAGCUGGGAGACUUUGCUGCCCUGCUGCACGCGGGGCUGACUGUGCGGCGAGCCCUGCUGCUGAACCUGGCCUCUGCACUCACGGCCUUUGCCGGCCUCUACCUGGCACUCGCAGUCGGAGUUGGUGAAGAGAGCGAGUCUUGGAUCUUGGCGGUGGCCACUGGCCUCUUCCUCUACGUGGCGCUUGGAGACAUGCUCCCAGCUAUGCUCAAUGUGCGGGACCAGCGGCCCUGGUUCCUCUUCCUGCUGCACAACCUGGGCCUUCUGGGAGGCUGGACCAUCCUGCUGCUGCUGUCCUUGUAUGAGGAGAGCAUCACCUUCUGACAGCACUGCCCUGGUCCCAAGCCCGUUACCCAGCCUCCCCGUCCUGGCCC